GACAGUAUGCUACCGUUUCGCGGUUCUGUGCGGAAUCUGUGUCAAUUUAUCAAUUUUAUUGUGUUUCUCAUACAUUAGGCUGUUCGAAGCCCCGUGGAAUUUCGAACCUCUAUUGAUACCUUUUUCAUGACUAAUGCAAAAAUUGUACAUGCGCUAGGAUACUUCGUCGAGCAGUUCACCUUGCAUGCGGCUCGUUCACAGCUGCCUUGUUCUGGGUCAUUAUCGAAGAACAUUCGCAAUCGCGUCAGUAGUGUUGGUGCAUUCGCUACGCGUACGUCUCCCUCCGAGCUAUUCCACACAGGAAGCACUAGUCGUCAUCCGGUCAUCAGUGGGGAAUUAACCAGUAGAAUGAGCAUGAGUGAUUCAGCAAAGCCAAAGGUAGUAUUCGUGCUCGGUGCCCCAGGAGCCGGAAAGGGAACGCAAUGCGAGAAGAUUGUGGAGCAGUUUGGAUUUACGCAUCUCUCGGCAGGAGACCUGCUGCGCGAGGAGCGGAAUCGCGAGGGUUCCGAGUAUGGAACCCUCAUCGAGGACAACAUCCGCAAUGGGCGGAUCGUGCCAGUUGAGAUUACCUGCGCUCUGUUGGAGAAUGCGAUGAAAAAAACGAAGGAGACUACCGGCAACGACAAAUUCCUCAUCGAUGGCUUCCCCCGCAACGAGGACAAUCUGCAGGGUUGGAAUAGUAAAAUGUCCGAAAAGGUGCAGCUGCUUUUUGUGCUCUUUUUCGAGUGCUCCGAGGACCAGUGCGUCCAGCGAUGCUUGAAGCGGGGCGAAAGCAGUGGUCGUUCAGACGAUAACAUUGAAUCGCUCAAGAAACGCUUCAACACAUACAUCAACGAUACGAUGCCGAUCGUGGGCCACUAUCAGAAGGAAAGUUUGGUGAAAGCCAUCGAUGCCACUCCGGAACCGAACGAAGUUUUUGAGAAAGUGAAAACUGUCUUCGAAGGACUCAACUAGGCUGUAACCGCUUCGGUUGCUAGGUGAUGGGGGACAGGUGGACCACGGCUAGUCUUUUGUGCAUUCACUCUGAUCGCAUUAGAUGCAUUGCUAUCCGAGUAAAACAUGUAGAAGUCAUUCCGGGUUGUCUGAAACUGCAAUUAGAAGAAUAAAACAAUCGAAAAACGCGGAUAAUGCUUGUCCAGUUAGUGUAGCUGCCGUGUUAAGUAUUUAUAGACAUUCAAACCCGUAUUGUCGCCGAAGUAAGUAUAGAUAAAAAAGGCUAUUGUGCAACGACAGUUUAGUAUUAUGGAAUCGUAAAAUGCAAAGAAACAUGAACUGAUCUAUGAUGAAUUAUGCUGAUUCGGAUGAAUAGCGGAAGUAGGCAAACAGAAACCUUUUAACUAUUAUCCUGCUGAGGCACAGGGUGAAUGUUAUUCUAUCAAAAAUAGGAAAAAUGUGUUUGAUUGUAAUUUUGCGAAUUGAAUAUUAUGAAAAUAUAUCAAUGUGCUCGAAUGUG